AUGUUCUAUCUGAUAGUUUUAAUAAUCCUUGUAUUUAUUGUUUGGCUAAAAGAACACUAUUCAUAUUGGGAGAAACGUAAUGUGCCAUUUGAAAAGCCCACAUAUUUUGUGGGCAAUAUGCGGGGCAUAGGUCGUCAGUAUCAUUGGAAAGAUAUAAAUCAACGUAUUUAUAGAACAUUUAAAAACACUACACCUGUAGCUGGAUUUUAUACAUUUCUUACCAGAGCAGCAUUUAUUUUGGAUUUAGAUUUGAUUAAACAGAUAAUGAUCAAAGAUUUUCAAAGUUUUAGUGAGAGAAACUUGUUUCACAAUGAACGUGAUGAUCCGCUGACGGGCAAUCUAUUGUUUUUGGAUGGUGAAAAAUGGCGGGUGUUGAGGCACAAAGUUUCACCAGUAUUUACUACGGGUAAAAUGAGAUAUAUGUUUCCCACAGUGGUGCAAGUGGGAGAGAAACUGCCGGCCGCCUGUGAGAAAUUUAUAGAGGAUUGUGGAGGCAUACUGGAGGCGAAAGAUCUGUGUGCCCGUUAUACCACCGAUGUUAUAGGCACUUGUGCCUUUGGUCUGGAAUGCAACAGUUUGAUAGAUCCUCAGGCUGAAUUUAGACAAAUGGGUAGAACGAUAUUUGAGAAGCCACGACAUAAGGGUUUCAUACAGGCAUUUAUGUUUACCAAUCCCUCACUGGCCAGAAAGCUGCGAAUGAAAACUUUCCGUGAUGAUGUAAGUGCGUUCUUUAUGCAAGCCGUUAGAGAAACAGUGGAGUUUAGGCAAAAGAAUCACAUCAAACGUAAUGAUUUCUUGGACAUGCUAAUAGAAAUGAAAGAACAACGUGAUGAAUUAAUAAAAUCUGGCCAAAAAGUGGAUGAAAAUGAUUUAACCAGUGGUUUGAAUAUAGAACAAUUGGCCGCCCAGGUUAUGGUGUUCUUUUUGGCUGGUUUUGAUACCUCCUCCACCACCAUGUCAUUUUGUCUAUACGAAUUGGCUCUUAAUCAGAAAGUUCAAGAUCAAUUAAGGCAAGAAAUUUUAGAUGUGUUGGCUCAACAUGAUAAUCAAAUAACCUAUGAGAGUAUCAAGGAAAUGAAAUAUUUGGAUAUGGUAAUAUCAGAAACCCUGCGCAAAUACUCUGUUACCCCUCAUUUGGUGCGCAAAUGUGUUAAAGAUUUCCAAAUACCCAAUACCAAUAUAGUGCUGGAGAAGGGUCUACGCAUUAUUAUACCCUUAGACAGCAUACACAAUGAUCCCGACUAUUAUCCCGAGCCAGAUAACUUCCAGCCCGAACGUUUUCUACCCGAGCAGGUGCAAAAGAGGCAUCCUUGUGCCUAUAUGCCUUUCGGUGAUGGUCCCCGCAAUUGCAUAGGCAUGCGUUUUGGUAAAAUGCAGGCCCAAAUUGGUUUAAUUUCUCUCUUGAGUAAAUUUCGUUUUGAUCGCUGUGCUACGACUCAAAUACCAUUACGUAUUUCAAAGUUAAAUUUUCUGGUGGGCACUGAGAGUGGCAUACACUUGAAAGUGGAAAAAUUGAUGAUUUUUGAAUUUCUAAUUAUAUGUUUGUUGGCCAUAGUGGCUUAUUUGUAUAAUGUAUUACGUCAACGUUAUAAUUAUUGGCAAAAACUGGAGAUAGCCUAUGAAGAGCCUACAUUUUUACUGGGCAAUGUAACGGGCAUAGGCUCCCGACGUGCGUUCGUCGAGGUGUGGCAACAAUUUUAUGAUAAAUUUAAGAAUACGGGACCUUUUGCGGGAUUUUAUUGGUUUUUCAAACCGGCGGCGUUUGUGUACGAUCCUGCUCUUUUGAAAUUGAUUUUGAUCAAGGAUUUUUCCAACUUUGUGGAUCGUGGUUUGUAUGUGAAUGAGGAAGAUGAUCCUUUGUCCGGUAUGCUGUUCAAUUUGGAGGGCAACAAGUGGCGUCAUAUGCGCAAUAAGUUAUCGCCUACCUUCACUUCGGGUAAAAUGAAGACCAUGUUUCCCAUUAUUAUCAAUAUUAGUGAAGAAUUUGUGAAGGUGUUUGACAAGGCCGUGGAUGACAGUGAAAUAAUCGAGGUGAGUGAUUUGAUGGCCCGUUUUACCACAGAUGUCAUAGGCAGCUGUGCCUUUGGCUUGGAAAUGAGCAGUUUAAGGGAUCCCAAUAAUAAGUUUCGCAUGAUGGGCCGCAAAUCCAUAGUGGAGCAACGCUAUGGCCGUUUGGGUAUUGCCUUCCGCAACAGUUUUCCUAAAUUGGCCAAGCGUUUACAUAUGAAGGAUACAUUGCAAGAGGUGGAGGACUUUUUCAUGGGUAUUGUUAAGGAAACGGUGCGCUAUAGGGAAGAAAAUAAUAUUAGACGCAAUGAUUUCAUGGACAUGUUAAUCGAUUUGAAAAAUAACAAGCUAAUGAAAUCGGAAACGGGUGAGGAGAUGACUAAUCUAACGCUGGAGGAAAUUGCUGCCCAGGCUUUUGUGUUUUUGGUGGCAGGCUUUGAAACUUCUUCGACCACCAUGGGUUUUGCUCUCUAUGAACUGGCUCAGCAUGAGGAUAUCCAGCAGAAAGCCAGAGAGCAAGUUAUACAAGUUUUAGAGCAACACAAUCAGGAAUUUUCGUAUGAAGCCAUGAAGGAAAUGGUGUAUUUGGAUCAAAUUAUAGCAGAAACUCUACGUUUAUAUACCGUUUUACCCUUAAUAUCGCGCCAAGCCUUGGAGGAUUACCCAGUGCCUGGUCAACCCAAGUUUGUGAUUAAAAAAGACAUGUUAGUUUUAAUACCAUCUGGUGCCAUUCACCGUGAUGAGCGUUACUAUCCCAAUCCAAAUGUUUUCAAUCCCGACAAUUUCUCCGCCGAAAAGGUGGCCCAACGUGAUUCCGUGCUAUACUUGCCUUUCGGAGAUGGCCCACGCAAUUGCAUUGGCAUGAGAUUUGGCAAAAUGCAGGCAUUAGUGGGUUUGGCGGUUCUCUUGAAGCAUUUCAAAUUUACGGUGUGUGAGAAGACUCAAAUUCCCCUGACAUACGAUAAAAAUAACUUUUUAUGCAGUUCGGAGCGGGGAUUGCAUUUAAAAGUCACUAAGCUGUAGAAAUAAUAACAAUAAUAAUAAAUAAUGACAAGCAUUUUUGAAUGCCUCGCAAUACUUUGUUAUUAAACUGAAUAAUUAUGUGUAUUUAUCUUAUCAUUGCAAAAGUGUGUUAAAGUAAUUAAACAAUAAUUUGAAUUUUUUUUAUAGAAAAUUUAAAAAUAAAUACAUAUUUUUUAUAAAGCGA